GAAUGGAGGGAGAGGAAGAGGAAGAGGAGGAGGGCGCAGAGGGCCAGGGCAGGGGGACAGAGGGCGUCGUCAGCGAGGACGGCGAGUACGACACCGACUUGGAGAUGGAAGGUGAAGCAGGGGCGUACGACCCCACGGGCCAGGCCAGCUACAGGGAGGCGUGUGGCACGCUCGGGGUGGUCCCAGCAUCCUAUGCUCUCAGACACCUGCAGAGCAGUGAGCUGACCAUGAUGCACCACGGCUUGGGCCCACAGGGUACCAAAGCGCUGGCCGUUCCCUUGGUAACCAACACCUCCAUCCUGAAGCUGAACUUGAGGGAUAAUUGGAUGGAAGGGAUGGGAGGAGUGGCAGUGGCAGAUAUGUUAAAGGAGAACUGUUACAUCACAGACGUGGACCUGUCAGAGAACCAGCUGGGGGAGCGUGGUGCGUGGGCGCUAGCCAGCGCACUUCAGGAGAACAGCACGCUGGUCAGACUGGGCCUGGCAAGGAACCAGCUGGGGGACGGAGCCGGCCGGCCUCUGGCACGCGCCCUGACCUCCAACACCCGCCUGGAGAGCCUGGAUCUGAGCCAAAACUCCCUGGGAGAGGAGGCAGGAAAGGUUCUAGGACCAGCGCUGGCUGAGAACACGGGUCUGAGACAUCUCAGCUUGUCCUGGAACUGCCUGCGAGGGGGAGGAGCCGUGGCCCUGGCAGCGGGCCUGGGGGCUAACAUAUUCCUUCGUAGCCUGGACUUGUCCUAUAACGGCCUCGGGCGCGAAGGUGCGGUGUCGCUAGGAGAAGCUCUCAAAGAUAACAACACUCUGGAGGAGUUGGAUAUAAGUAACAAUCGUAUACCCCCCGAGGGUGCCAUUCGCUUCACAAUGGGCCUCAGAGUAAACAAGACGAUCAGAGCGCUUCGGAUAGGCAGAAACCCCAUCCAGACAGCAGGAUGCUACGGAGUGCUGAAGUCCAUUCAGGAAAACCCCCAGCCUGCUGUUGAGUCUUUGGACUUCUCUGACAUCCCUGUGAACCAGGACUUUGAGGACUUGCUGAGCUCCAUGAAAGACGCGUUCCCAAACCUGACGGUCAAACACGGAGGGAGAAUCGAUGCGUUCAGGAAAGCCAAGCGCUGAGAGAGUGUCACGUCACGUGGUCUGUGUGCUCUGCUCUCUCCUCGUGAUGACGAGGAGAGAGAUGAAGAUGUCUCUCUUUCUGAAGAUGGCAAAUGAGCUGAUUCUCCACAGCACCAUGUGGCACUACAUCAAGCGUGACAGAUGACACCUGAUAACUCAACUAAAUCUACAUUCAACAACUUGUUAGCAUAAACAUGUAUUUCUUUCAAGUUAUAUCUGCCGUGAUUUGUCAUGAUAAAUUGUGUUAACAUGUGUCGCCAAGUUCCUGCAAAACUGUGCAUUGUGCUUGAUUUAGAAUAGGCCUUGGCCUACUAACUAAGUUUAGGGGUGACCAUUCGGUUUAUUAUUUAUAUAUAUGGUAUCCAGAGGUG